AUGGACAAUAAUAUGUUUCGUCCGUGGGAAAAAGUUGAUUUCUCAAAUGAGAAUAGCUUAGCUGAGAAGAAUGAAGCACAUGUACGUUCAUCUACAUAUUUAGCAUUAAAUUUAUUAUCAGUUCAUAAGUAUUUAUUAGACAAAAUUUAUCCGUCAUAUAUUAUCACUAAAAAUCAAAAAGCUAAUUUCCGAAGACAAUGCAAACCAUUUACAGUAGACGAAUCAAAAACAUUACUCUAUAGAAAAAAAAUCAAAAAUAAUACAACCUGUCAAAAUGAUGAAAAGUUGUUACCAGUUAUUUUAGACAAAAAAAAACAAAAUGAAUUAAUAUCAAUGACUCAUAGAGGUACAGACUCUAGUGUUGAAUCAAUAUCCUUAUCUGCUCAUCGCAGUAAAGAUGCUUGUAUAUCUAUAAUAGAAUCUCGCAUGUUUUGGCCUAAUAUUUAUUCUGAAGUAUGUAAUUUUAUAAAAGAAUGCGAUAUUUGUCAGAAAGUCAAUCCAGCAGUUUUAAAAGCUGUUCCAGAACUGCAGCCAGUAACUGUGCCAACUACUGUUAUGAAACAAAUAGGUAUAGAUAUAGCCACAUUACCUGAAGUGAACCAAAAUAAAUAUAUUAUUGUAGCAAUUGAUUAUUUCAGUAAGUGGUCAGAAAUUAAAGCUGUUCAAAACAAAACUGCUGAAACUGUCACUAGAUUUUUAUUUCAUCUUAUUUGUAGACAUUCCUGCAUGUCAAUACAAAUAAAUGAUCAAGGUAGGGAAUUUGUUAAUCAAGUUUCAGAUCGCCUUCAUGUAUUUACCGGUACAAAACAACGAAUAACCUCAGCUUACCAUCCUCAAAGCAAUGGUCUUGUUGAAAGACAGAACCGAACCAUAAAAAAUAUGAUUUAA